AUAAUACAGGUCAAUAGUCAAGAGCACUCGCUCCGUCUCCUUCCUCUCCUCAACCCCCUGCAGACGCAAAAAGCUUCAUUCCGAAUCAACAAACCAGCAGGGAAGCGACGCGAGCUUCCUGGCGUACACCAUACCCGCGAAGAAAAGAGGGGGGGAAAAGAAGUUCUUCUUCGUCUCCCGGAGAUCUCUGCACAUGGCGAUCCUGGGGAGGAGGCGAGAGCGAGAGCUUGGCGGUGGAUCGUAUGGAUUUCCGAUGAGGCUGACGAGACAUUCGUGGCGAAGGCAGUUCCGCAUCCUCAUCAUUUGCCUCGCCCUCAUCGCCCUCCUCCCCCCCAUCUUCUUCCACUUCCGGCUCAGGUCCUUCCGUCAGGCACAAUUAAAGAAGUGCAGUUGGCUGAACAGUCCACCUCUUGUGUGUGCUCAUGGUGGUGACUUGUAUAAGGCCUUCGCCAACACAAUGGCUGCAUAUCAAGAUGCUCUUCGUUCCCAGGUAGACUGCAUUGAGAUUGAUGUUUCUCGGUCAUCAGAUGGUGUGUUGCUUGCUCUGCAUGACAGGGAUCUGCAGCGGAUAUCUGGUGAUGGCACUUCCAGAGUUGGUCACUUGAGCCUUAAGGAGAUAAAAGAACUUGAGAGUACCCAUCAGUCUUCAUUGAAGUUUGCUGAUAGCAAAGUACUAACUGUUACGGAAGCUUUGAAGUCAGUUUCAAGAUCAGUUCGGCAGGUGAUUCUCGACGCCAAAGUUGGCCCUCCAUCAUAUGAGAGUGGACUAGCGAAGGAUAUCCUUUCUGCUGUUGAGAUGACGGAAUGCAACAAUUGCCUCAUGUGGGCUAAAAAUGAUGAUCUAGUCAGAGAAGUAAUGAAACUGUCAUCAAAUUUGACGGUAGGCUACAUUGUCAUGAAAGAUCCAUCCACUGGACGAAGAAGUAAUCUCUUGAGGGUGAAAGGAGCUGGAGUAGUUGGCGUUUUCCAUCCUUUGAUUGAUGAUAGGCUUAUGAGAGCUCUUCACAGGGGAAAGAAGAAGGUAUACGCAUGGACUGUUGAUGAUUUGGAUUCCAUGCAGAAGAUGUUGUAUGAACAUGUCGAUGGUAUUGUUACUAGUAAACCCACUGUACUUCAACAUUUGAUGCAAGAUAUCAGAACACAAUGUCUUGAAGAAGGUUAUUCUUUCUAAAUGUUUGUAGUAAGCUUGAAGCUGCAUGACAUUUACAAAGCAUAGCUGGUACAAUACGCAAUAUAUAUUACAAAUUAAACCCUUUUGGACACUUUGAAGGGGGGAAGUUGGUACGAUUGGAUGUAAAAAGGGGCUUUGCACUUUCGAUUUUGUAUAGUCAACUUCCACAGGCAGAGAAAUGUGUUCUUUUUGAAGAUUGUUGAUGAUCUUUUUUCUUUAUUCGUUUGCUUUAUACAAUGGUCGUCUCUUGCGAACAA